UCUUAUAAGAGCCCCGGUCGUCCCAGUCUGGCAGCCACCUCUCCCUCUCCGUGGCGCACGAGAUUUACCGUAAUACCGAGCCCACACCCCACUCCAGGCCACGCUCUGCGUUACCUGUACAGUUUGUUGAUGUUGUAACCAGUUCAGGGGAUCCGGGUCAGGGGGUUGUAACGGUCUAUCAGGCCACAGAAAAGUUUUUAGGCAAAAGACGAUGCGGGAAGAGGACUCCUCCCCAAUGGACAGCGCGGGGAACAGCGAGGAGGAGACCGACCGUCAGCUGCCGCGGCGGGGCGCGAGGAAGCGGCGGGCGGCGAGGAGGAUUGCGGACGCGGAGGAGGAGGAGGGAGACGUGGAGAGCCCGAGCCCCGAGAAGAAGAAAUGCAGGAAGAGCUGCGACGGCGGCGGCGAUGGAGGCAGCGCCGGGAGCGGCGGCAGCGAGGCCAGCAGCAGCCCCGCGCGCUCCUUGGAUGACCUACAGACACAGCGCGUGAUGGCCAACAUCCGCGAACGGCAACGGACGCAGUCUCUCAACGAGGCAUUCACGUCGUUACGUAAGAUCAUUCCCACCCUGCCGUCGGACAAACUCAGCAAGAUCCAGACCCUGAAGCUGGCGGCCCGGUACAUCGACUUCCUAUGCCAAGUUCUGCAGAGCGACGAGCUGGACGCGCGAGGAACCAGCUGCAGCUACGUGGCGCACGAGCGGCUGAGCUACGCGUUCUCGGUCUGGAGGAUGGGGGGCGCGUGGUCCCUGUCUACUACGUCCCACUAGCGGGGCUGCUGUGGAUGAGACUGCACGAUUAUCCAGACUGUGGAACAAGUGGAUCAGUCCAACCCUUCAGAUAGACUGAAACAGGCCAAACACAGCGGGGGCCCAUGGCUGCAGCCACUGUGCAUCAGGCCCUGAGAAGAGAGCGGGCUUUUCAUAUUUCCCUUUUGCAAUGGACUGUAACGUUUGCAAGGGAGCACUUAGGACAGACGGAUAUGAAGAAAGAGAGACCACUGCGACUAUGAAUGUUGUUUUAAAAAAAAAAGAAAGAAAAACAAACCAAAAAAAAAGAGCUCUGAGGAACUGCUCUGUUUUGAAACAUGAGUGAAAAAUGACAGUUCAUUCCACAUUCCCUCCCUGUGACAAUGUUUCACAGCAAAUGAAGUAUUUUGUAUUUAUUUUUAUACACAGGUUCGAAAAAUUCCUUUCCCCCUUUCUCAAAUAAAAGUUAUUUAUUUUUGGGAUAUCACAGAAUGCUGAAUGGAUCUGGAGUCUGCGCAUUUUGAGUGUUGUAAAUAUUUGGUAAUAUCUUGAAUAAAAAAAAAGAAGGUAUGUUUCAUUCCUCUC